AAGACGUGAUUAGAUCGACCUUAACCAACUAAUCUAGCUAACGUUCACUAAUAAUCACUUAACAACAUUUAAACCAAGACAGUGAGAAACACACCGAAAUAUUUGACCAAAAGGUUAUCACAAGAAACAACUCAAAGUCUCAAACAAGCACAAGUGCACAACAAUGAGUCAAUGAAUAUGUAAAUAUUUCGUAUUAACGAAAAUAAUAAGGAGAUUAGGAAAUAAACAAAUGAAAUAAUCUUUGCAUUUGUUUUAUACGUUUCCCAGAUUCCGACCCACGCUUUCUUUCCCUCCCUUCACUCCCAAACACCCAUCUCCUCUAAACGCAAAAAACAAAGUAAUUUGCAGAGAUUUUGGUGGGAAAUCAAAUUUUUUUAUUGGGUCUGUAAAAAAAUAUAAAAUUUUCCAAUUUUUUGGAGAAAUUAAAUUUUGAAGAAAAUUAAGGUGGGUAAAUUCUAAAAAUGCAGAAUUUCAUAUCCCAGAAACUUCGAGAUUUGGACGCAUACCCUAAAAUCAAUGAAGAUUUCUACAAGAGAACUUUCUCCGGCGGUGUCGUCACCGUUGUCUCCGCCAUCAUCAUGUUCCUCCUCUUCUUGUUUGAGCUCAAAUCAUAUCUGCAUACUGUUACAGAGACGACACUUGUAGUGGAUACAUCUAGAGGGAAAAAUCUUCGUAUUAAUUUUGAUAUUACUUUUCCAGAAGUUCCUUGCACGGUUCUCAGUGUUGACGCUGAAGAUAUCAGUGGAGAGCGGCAUUUUGAUAUAAGACAUGACAUUGUCAAAACAAGAGUUGAUGCUCAUGGGAACGUGGUUGAUACUAGGCGAGAUGGCAUUGGAGCGCCGAAGAUUGCGAAGCCUUUACAGAAGCAUGGUGGCAGACUUGAACACAAUGAGACAUACUGUGGUUCAUGUUAUGGAGCAGAAACGUCUGAUGAUCAUUGUUGCAACUCUUGUGAAGAAGUUCGUGAGGCAUACAGAAAGAAAGGUUGGGCGUUGACGAAUAUGGAUUUGAUUGAUCAGUGUGAAAGGGAAGGAUUCUUCCAAAAGAUCCAUGAGGAAAAAGGUGAAGGAUGCAAUAUUAAUGGAUUUCUGGAAGUUAAUAAAGUGGCAGGGACAUUUCAUUUUAUUCCGGGGAAGACUUUCCAUAUGUCAGAGUUCCAUCUUAGUGAUUUAUUUGCUGUCCAAACGGACAACUACAAUAUAAGCCAUAAGAUCAACAAGUUAGCUUUUGGAGACUAUUUUCCUGGCGUUGUUAAUCCUCUGGAUGGGGUGCAAUGGUUACAAGAGACAACAAGUGGAUCUUACCAGUAUUUUCUUAAGGUUGUCCCAACAAUAUACACCGAUGCAAGACGACGUACUAUCCUGUCUAAUCAGUUUUCUGUGACAGAGCACUUUAAAAAUUCAGAACCAGGACGCUAUCAGACUAUCCCUGGGGUUUUCUUCUAUUAUGAUCUUUCUCCAGUCAAGGUAAAUUUCACGGAGAAGCACAUGUCCUUUUUACACUUCUUGACUAAUGUCUGUGCAAUAGUUGGAGGCACUUUCACAGUUGCAGGGAUAGUAGAUUCUUUUGUUUAUCAUGGUCGUAAGGCUAUGAAAAAGAAACUAUAGAAAAAAUUUGGUUGAGCUAUUGCUAGAGCAGAAAGUUUUCCAGCUCCCAGUUGAUUAUGUACUCUUAUAUCCUCGAUUUUCCUGGGUGAAAUACGGUGUGAAAUUAUAGGAGAGGAUUGUCCUAGAGUGUGACUCAGUGCCUGGUGGCUUAUGGCAUGGCGGUCAAUUUUGGCCGAUGGGCUUGCUUGAUUGUUAAGCAGUUAUUGUUGUGCUAUUGAGCAAUUAGUCAUUCAUUUUUGUUGAAUUAUGUACUCCGUAAUUGCUGGUGUACAUGUCCACAGCUUCCUAUUAUCAAAAUUGUCUCUCCUAUACGAACAGCUGAAAUUCAGUUACAAGAGUAUUGAUGUGUAGAUUAUUUAGACGAUUUGAUGUUAGACAUUGCUAUACGAACAGCUGAGAUUUUAAUCAAUACCACUUCGGUCAAGUUCCUUGGACAAA